AUGGCUAAAGGUGGAAAGAAAAGCAAUAGGAAGAAGAGUAUCAAUAAUAAACAACUGCUCCCGGUAAUAAACGACAAUAACCUACCUGUCUCUGAACCCACCUCCGACGAGAAGGCAAUUGUGGAAGAUGGGGUCCUCGGUCCAGACCAGGGCGAUGGCGAUGAACCUAAUGGGACGGAAGAUGCCCCGGCAGGAGAUGACGCUGCCGCGCCGGAUGCUGAAGCAGCUGAACAUUCGACACCACCUGAGGAGCCAGCAGAACCAGUCGACGAAGAGGUAAAGCCGGAGAAAGAAGCAUCACCCGAAGAAGCCAAGCCUGAAGGCGAAGACGAAGCCCAACGUGACGAAGCAGCAGCCGAGGCAGAAGAGGCACCUGCGGCAGACGGUGAGGACGCACCAGUACCAGAAGAGGGUGCCCUCGAUGGCGAGCAAGGAGGACAACCUGCGGAAGAAGUUCCUCAAGAAGCGAAGCCAGCACCGGAGCCUGGUGAGGAUGCACCACCGGCGGCAGAUGAAGCUCCCGCAGAAGAGAAUGAAGGUAAAGGUGACGGAGAAGAACCAAGUGCAGAAGAACCCGCUGCCGAACCUGCAGGCGCUGAACCGGUCGCCGAUGCGGAAGAGACCCCAGCGGAUCCUCCUGCGGAAGACGAGCCAGCGGCCGACAAAACUGCCCCUGCUAAUGACAAUGCUGCUGCGCCUGAGGAACCCGCCGCUGAAGACCCUGUGGCCGAAGCCGAGGGCGCACCCGAAGGUGAAAACGAGAAGGCCGAAGAGCCCGAAGAGACACCAGCUGAGCAACCAGAAGGCGAUGAAGAAGACGCAGAAGAACCGGGGCCAGCAUUUGAAGAGCCCGCAGAAGCCGCUCAAUCCGAGGAGUCUGCUGCUCAUUCGGGACCUGCUGGAGACGAAGCUGAAGCCGAAGCUGCUACGGGAGACGGUGCGGAUGAGGUAACCCCCGAAGAAACCCCAGCAGAGGAACCGGCUGCCGAAGAUAGCCCCGAAGAGCAUCCAGCUGAAGAAGCCCCGGCCCCGGCAGAGGAAGCGGAACAAACAGCGGAGGAGACGACUGAAGAGGAGACGUCAGGUGGAUCGGCUGAUGAAUCUGGUGAGGAGCCAGCAGACGAACCCGCCGAAGAGACCGCUGAAAAGGCACCUGCCGAAGAAUCGCCUCCUGAGGAAGAAGCAACUGCAGCUGAGGAAUCUGCUGAAAAGCCACCUGCUGGAGAUGUUCCAGCGGAAGAGGCUCCAGCGGAAGAGGCUCCAGCGGAAGAGGCUCCAGCGGAAGAGGCACCUGAGGAAGAACCUGCGGAAGAGCCUGCACCUGCCGAUGAACAACCAGCUGAGGAAUCUGCUCAGUCUGCUGAAGAAGGUGCCGUUGAGGAGUCCGCUGCUGAGGAUGUACCUGCUGACGAACUUUCUGCUGAAGAGGAAGCACCAGAAGAAGAACUCGCUGAGGAAGCUCCGGCCGAAGAGCCCGCCGCCGAAGAACCGCCGUCUGAGGAGCCUGUACCCGAAGAGGCUGAGCCCGCUGAGGAAGCACCUGAGGAAGCACCUGUCGAGGAACCAUCGGAAGAAGCUUCAACUGAAGAAGAGGCUGCUGAUGCAGAGCCUGCCACAGAGCCGGCUGAAGAACUGGCUAAAGAGGCUCUUGCCGAAGAGCCCGAAGAGCCACCCGCUGAUGAGCCCGCUGCGGCAGAAGAGGCGUCUGCUGAAGAGCCUACACCCGAAGCCCCAGCUGAGGAGCCAGUCCCUGAAGAAGCCCCGGAAGAGGCUCCUGCCGAACGUGAACCAGCACCUGAGGAGCUUGCAGUUGAGGAACUGCCUGCCGAAGGAACGCCCGCCGAAGAGCCAGCUGAAGUACCUGCACCAGAAGAGAUACCCGCCGAAGAAGGUCUUGCCGAGCCUACGCCCGAAGAACCUGCAGCUGAGGAACCGACUACUGAAGAGACUCCCGAACUCGCGGCGGAAGAAGCUCCUCCGGCUGAAGAGCCUGCGCCUGAAAAACCUGUGCCCGAAGAGCCCGUCCCCACUGAAGAGCCACCUGCUGAUGCUGAUAGUGGAGAAUCAUCUAAGGGCGAUCACCUCACAGAAGCUGCGGUCGCUGCGGGGGCUGUGGCUGCCGGAGCUGCAGGAGCUGCAGCUAUACAUUCUCGCAGAAAGAAGCGACGCUCUACAGAUGUGGAUGGUGAACGACGCCACUCGAGGAGCUCAUCGUAUGGAUAUCGCGACCUUGAGCGCGGCGGCAAGGGUGAUGGUAACUUAAUCACGAACCGAUGGGUGAAGGCAUUGGGCGAAGCCAAGAGACAGCAUGAAGAGAAGGCCAUCAAACAGGAGGAUAAGCGACAAAAGCACAAGGUCGCCGUUAUCGAACGGGGCCGCCGGUCUGAGGAGCGGGAACGCGAGCGCGAAGAAUCGCAGCCAAGGGAGCGAAGACGAUCUAGGCGUGCUUCGCGCUCUGAACGAACUGAACGAACUACUGGGAAGGAAAGCGUCGCCCUUGAAACUAAGUCAAGACGUCGGAGUUCAGUCAGCUAUGAACGGGACUUAGCCUCGAGACAUGCGAUGUCGGCAUCUUCAGCACCGAAACCUCGUGCAUUUUUGAAGUACAUGAACACCGAGUCCGACACGAACGGUCCUUUGCUCAUGAUAAACGGCCACAAAGCCUCUGCCAACGUGCGCUACCAUGACCACAGUCAUGGAAGUCGCCGGUCUUCGAAGAGCUAUGCCCAUAGUCACGCCCACAGCCAUAGCCAUAGCCAUUCGCGCGAUGAGGGAAGAAAAUCUCUCGAACGCUCACAUUCCACCAGAUCGCGUCACAGCAACAAAGGUGAUAGUGAAGAUGAAGCCGCCAAACGAGAAGAACGCGAAGCACGACGGGCACGCAGGAAGGCCGCCGAGGAAGAAGAGAGGAAGCUCAAGGAGCAGGAAGAGCAACAGAAGCAGCAAGAACAGCAACAGAAUGAAGCCGAGGAGAAAGAGUCCCGUCGUCGCCGGCAUUCGGGAGAGAAAGAGCACCGUCAUCGCUCUCAUCACCAUCGGAGUCGACAACUUGAGACUCCUCCGCCUCCGCGGCCAUCGAAACUGAGACAGAUUCUUAAGGCUACUACUGUUGUGGUUUGUUGA